AUGGCUUCUACAAGUGAUGCGGAUGCAUCUGAUCUGGAGAGCAUUAGGAGAAACUUGAGGAAGAGCUUGGCCAGCAGUUGGGAAGAAGUUGUAAAGAUAUACGAGCAAGAUCCAAGAGCUCACAAGGUCCAGAUCGGCUCACCAGAGAACACAGCAUUGCAUAUAGCAGUUUCAAGUGGGCGAGAAGAUAUAGUAGAACGACUAGUGAAGUCAAUAGCGAAGAAUGGUAACCCCGUGGAUGUUCUAUCUAUAUGGAAUAGAGAUGGGAACAAUCCUCUUCAUUCGGGGGUCCCACUGGGAAGCAUUUCCAUGUGCAGAUGCAUCAUUGGUCAGUAUAAUGAACUGUUGGGUCGUCCCAACCAAGAGGGUGAUACGCCCCUUCUAAGGGCAAUUCGCUAUGACAAAAAAGAUGUUUUCCUCUUUUUGUAUGAUAUGUGUGAAGGCAACACAGCCCAUGGCUACUUCCAGAAGGAAUAUGGUGAAACCAUUCUCCAUCUUGCCAUUGAAAGCGGACACAUGGAUUUGGCGUUUCAAAUUAUUUGUAAGCAGGAAGAUCUAAUGGAUGCUGUUGACAGUAAUGGAUUCUCCCCUCUGGAUGUCCUAGCUGAGAAGCCUACUGCAUUCAGAAGUGGAAUUCAUCUGGCUGGUUCAACAAAAUCAUUUAUCACUUUCCCCUUGUUAAUCAAAUUGGAAGGUAUUUCUGUUGAAGAGCUCAUCCCUGCAGGGACUUCCAGAGCAAAGAACUUCUUUCAAGAGCUACGGAAGCUGAUUAAAUUACCGGGUGGGAGCGGGGGAUUGAUAGCUUAA